AUGAAGGACAACUAUCUGCUUUCCAAGUCGCCGCCACUAGCCAUGGAGUUGGCUUGCGGCUGUUCCCUUGGCCAAUACUUGGCUAUAUUUGCUACAUCCGGCUCAAUCAGUAAUUUGGUUGACAUACGUCGGAAUUUGAGGCAAAGGAGUCGUCAGAAGGGAGCGACUGCCUACCAAGCAAGUCUCGAGCAAUUCCGCUCUCAAUUCAUGACCAGACUUAGGAUGUCGGGUAAGGAUCUGAUUGACAGAAACGAUGUAGUCCAGCAAGAAGGACUUAUUAAGAUGGCACAUGAAUAUCUCUGUGUCUGCGAAAAUGGCCCCUUGUACUGGCCAAGUACGAGCGAUGACGGAUCUCUUCGGUACCCCAGAGAUCAAUACGAGAUAUACACCAACAUUGUUUGGUUCUUCCUUCGAUGCAAUCUGAAAGAUAACGGGAAGAAGUUACGCUCGAGACGUUCACGAGUUACGACCGCAGCCAACAACGGCCGACGACCGAGGAAUCCAAGCAACGUUCUUGGUAGCGAGAGCCCUACACCAUCUCCUCCGGAAGCAGCAUCCAAUGAAGACGGUGAUUCUUCCUCUUCUUCAGAGAGUCCUCAGUCGAGCCAUAUCCCGAGACAGGACGAAGCCAUGAGUAAUAGACGCGCGAUACCUUAUGGUAGGACUUACAGCCCUGAUGAGUUAGCUGGAUAUGGUAUUGAUGAAUCUGGGCAUCUCAUUCCUGACGCGCAGCCCCGGCGUGUAAGUCAAAUGCAAGAUUUACAAGAUAAUCUUAGGCAUAUGGGGCCUAAUCCACGACCAAAUAUUGGUGUUGGCCAUAGAGAGCGUGGGAGCAAUCCAUCGGCGCAUACUACUUCAACGGGCACUCAAACGGGGUUUGAAACAGAUGAAUAUCGCGACAGAGAUCCCAAUGCACCUCCCCCCUCAUCCAUGAACUCAAAUAAUGCCUCUCAGCAGUCUCAGCAAACAAACCAAAAUGAAACCCAACCCAGAAUUUCGCGGGUGCGGGACUCGAUCGAGUCUGAGCAAAGCUCGCCCAGCCCUCCAUCCGAAGUCCCAAGAUCUCCAUCCCCAGAGCCCAAGCCCAACAUUGACCUCAUAUUCAGCUACGAUGUCCUCCCAGGACUCAAUCUCCGCCUCAAACACGGCGAAGAGAUACUUCUGUUUCCCCGAGAGCAAAUGUUCCGGCUACUGAAUUGGCAGCAUGACUUUGACUGGCUGCUCAUUUCGCUCGAAGCCCCAGGGGUGCUUUUUCAAGAACGUAUACCUAGGGAUGAUAAUCAGGAGUUUCGAAAGGUGAUGGCUAGAUUUGAACAGAUAGUUUGUGCUAUGAAACGUGAUUAUGCUGAGAUAGGGCGAAAUGCGGUGAUUGAGGUUUCGUUUGUGCCGGAGUGUAAAGGACAUUCGCGAACUGUGUUGUUGGACGCUUGGCAGAGGCGCUGGAAGCGAUCUCACGGCAUUGUGGUCUGA